UCCCGCUUUUACUCCAAAUCUCAUCCUCUCUGCUCAAAAAUAGGGUUUCAUUUCCAAUUCACUUGCAGAGAUAGACUCCAUUACAGUCAUUUGUAGAGAGAGAUCAAUGGAGAAAAUUUGUGUAGCUGUUCGCGUUCGACCCUCCAUUACACAGGAAAACAUAAACGGUAGCUUUUGGAUGGUAGAUAGCAGCUGCAUUUCCCUUCAUAGCAAGCAUGGAACCCCUGUCUCAAGCUUAUCGUUUGAAUUUGACCAUGUAUUUGAUCAAGAUUGCACAAAUGCUAGGGUUUAUGAGCUUCACACAAAGGAUGUUAUUCAGGCUGCAGUCAAUGGGUUCAAUGGAACUGCAUUUGCAUAUGGUCAGACCAGCAGUGGUAAGACAUUUACCAUGAAUGGCUCUCUUGAGGAUCCUGGAAUCAUUCGUCUUGCAGUCCAAGAUAUUUUCAAGAGUAUCAAGCUGAUAACUGAGCGGGAGUUCUUGAUUCGAGUUUCAUACCUGGAGAUCUACAAUGAAGAAAUCAAUGAUCUUUUUGCCCUUGAGAACCAAAAGUUACAGGUCCAUGAGAGCUUAGAGCGAGGUGUGUUCGUCUCUGGUCUUCGAGAGGAAAUUGUAAAUCGUCCUGAGGAUAUCCUCAGGCUAAUUGAGUUGGGAGAAUCUAAUAGACAUGUGGGACAGACAAAUAUGAAUGCGAGGAGUAGUCGGUCCCACACUAUAUUUAGGAUGGUUAUUGAAAGCAGGGGCAAGGAUGCUCCUUUUGCAGGAGAUACUUUGACUACUGAUGCUGUUCGUGUUUCUGUUCUGAACCUAGUAGAUUUAGCUGGAUCAGAACGAAUUGCAAAGACAGGAGCUGACGGGGUGCGUUUGAAGGAAGGAAAGAACAUUAACAAGAGUUUAAUGGUUCUUGGUACAGUUAUCAAUAAACUGAGUGAUAAUGGUGGUAAACAACGGGGACAUAUUCCUUAUCGGGAUAGUAAACUUACUCGCAUUCUCCAACCUGCCCUUGGUGGUAAUGCUAAGACAUCCAUUAUAUGUACUAUUGCACCUGAAGAGGCUCACAUAGAUGAGACAAGGGGAACCUUGCAGUUUGCAAGCAGAGCAAAACGCAUCACCAAUUGUGCUCGUGUCAAUGAGAUCUUGACUGAUGCGGCCCUAUUGAAGCGCCAAAAGCAAGAGAUAGAAGAGCUUCGCAGAAUAUUGCAGGGAUCACAUUCGGAGGUAUUCGAACAAGAGAUUUUGAAGUUGCGAAAUGAGAUGCUGAAGUUUGAAUCAGAACGUGAAAAGCUAGCAUGGGAGCUUGAACAAGAGAGGAAAUUGCAUAAAGAGCGAGAUAGGGAACAACAAAUGAAAAUAGAUAAUCUUAGCAGUCUUAUAUGUUCUGAUCAAGAUAGGAAUUCAGCGAAGACAAACAGCUGUGAACAUUCAUUUCCUCGACGGCUGAGCUUGGAUUUCUUAGAUCAGGGAAAGAUCUCGUUCAGACGGGGGUAUAGGGAGGGAUCCAUUGAGUGUCAUAGCACACCACAAAAGGAUGCUUUCCAAACUCCUAGUUUUAAAUCAUCAAAUGCUUGUGUUGGAAAACACUCAAGCUAUCAAAGGCUUCCUGAUGCAAGUCCUAUUCCAGAUGAGUUUGUAGACUUUGCUGAUGAAGAUAUGUGGGAAAAAUUGAAUAAGGGCCAUUGCACUCCUGAUUUUGAUAUGUUACGUAUGACUCCUGAAGGGAAGUAUCCAUCUUUGGCAGCAAGCAACAUAGCCUCGGGUUCUUGCUCUCUGGAAUUCUACAAGGAAGAACUUGAGAAUCUCAAGAAACAAUGGCAAUGUGUUUUGGAUGAAAAAAAUGAGGUUUCUCGCUCAGAAGAGUUCUACAAAGAAGAAGCUGGAAAUCUCAAGAAACAGUUGCAAUGUGCUUUGAACGAGAAAAAUGAACUUGAGCGUGAGGCAGUGUUAGCAAGGCAAUUUCCGGAGAAGAUAUCUGAAGCUGUAGCUGACUGCAAAGACAUUUUGAAAGAAGUUUUUUCUAAGAUUCAGAGCUGCACAACUGAUGAGGAGUCACUUCAGGCGGUAUUGCUAUCUUGUGCAAGGGACAUUGGAAUAAGUCUUCUUACAACUUUAGAGGGCCACUUCUCUAGAUUUUUGCAUGGGGAAACAGAUUGUGGUGGAGCAGAUUCUUUAAUUGAAGAACAAUGUAGAUUGCUCACUGACAAGCUGAGCUUUGCUGUUGCUACUUUGAAUUCUCCACAGAGUCUAAAAGAAAAUAAUGAACUCAAGGACUUAAACUUGGAAUUGAACAACCAAUUGGUUGCAGCCAAGGAAAAGCGUGAGAGCCUCGAGAGACAGUGCAAGAGCCUUAGAGAAGAGAGAGACUCUCUAUUACAAUUUAUCUCCAAGUCCACCCAGAACCUUGCAAUGCUCACUAGCCAAAAGGAGGAGAUAGCCAAGGUGUUGAGCAUCGAGUUGCAAAGGAGAGAGGCUCUCGAAGAAGAGCUUCGCCAGUUUCGCACUGCUCUUUCCCAAAGAUUUACUUCAUUUGCAUCUACCUGUCAUGAGAUCAGGGCCAAUGCAAGGUGCAUGAAGACAUUUCGCUUGAUAUCCGAGUCCAAAGCACUCUAACGAUUUAUUACACCGCACCUAUAUCUCUAUCACAGAGGUUAAAACUCUCUCCCCGUAAUUUCUCUCUCUAUCUUCUCCCACACCAGAUCUUCAUGUUUAUCUUCAAGUGUCUCUCUCAUGUUCCCCCUCACGUUUUACAUUAUGAGGGGGGGAUCUUGUAUGAUGUCCUUUGAUUAUAUUGAUGUUUGAUAUUUGAAAUGUCUCUCCUUGGCAUUCAAUGAAUCCAAGACAUAACCUUUAAUUUAUUGAUCUUUUGUAUAAAGGACCGUCCUUGUUCUUCAA